AAUCUGAGAGCACAAUCCUGAGAGUGAGCUCACUGCGAGCCCAGGAUCCUGGAACUUGGGCUGCCUGAUGGGCCCUAUAUGAAAGAUGUAGUAGGGAAAAGGAGCGACAGCAGGCUAAAGGGGCCCCCCACAACCCUCCCGACACCCUAGGAGAGCAGUCUCUCUCCGCUGGUCCCAGGGUGCCAUGGAGAUGGAGAGCGCGGCGGCCUCCACACGUUUCCACCAGCCUCACAUGGAGAGGAAGAUGAGCGCGAUGACCUGUGAGAUCUUUAACGAGCUUAGACUGGAGGGCAAGCUCUGCGACGUGGUCAUCAAGGUCAAUGGCUUUGAGUUCAAUGCCCACAAGAACAUCCUCUGUAGCUGCAGUUCCUACUUUAGAGCUUUGUUUACAAGUGGCUGGAACAACACUGAAAAGAAGGUAUACAACAUCCCUGGCAUUUCCCCGGACAUGAUGAAGCUAAUUAUUGAAUAUGCAUACACCCGGACCAUCCCUAUCACGCCGGACAAUGUGGAGAAACUGCUGGCUGCUGCAGACCAAUUCAACAUCAUGGGUAUUGUUAGGGGUUGCUGUGAGUUCCUCAAGUCGGAGCUGUGUUUGGAUAACUGUAUCGGCAUCUGCAAGUUCACAGACUACUACUACUGCCCCGAGCUGAGGCAGAAGGCCUACAUGUUCAUACUGCACAACUUUGAGGAGAUGGUGAAAGUCUCGGCCGAGUUUUUAGAGCUCUCAGUCAGUGAACUGAAGGAUAUCAUUGAGAAAGACGAGCUCAACGUCAAACAAGAAGAUGCUGUAUUUGAGGCCAUUUUAAAAUGGAUUUCUCAUGACCCCCAAAACAGGAAACAGCAUAUUUCAGUUUUGCUUCCCAAGGUUCGCCUGGCCCUAAUGCAUGCUGAGUACUUCAUGAACAAUGUUAAGAUGAACGACUACGUCAAAGACAGUGAGGAAUGCAAGCCAGUCAUCAUUAAUGCCCUAAAGGCCAUGUAUGAUCUAAACAUGAAUGGACCCUCCAAUUCUGACUUCACCAACCCACUCACCAGGCCCCGCCUGCCCUACGCCAUCCUAUUUGCAAUCGGUGGCUGGAGUGGUGGGAGCCCCACCAAUGCCAUUGAGGCAUAUGAUGCUCGGGCAGACAGAUGGGUGAAUGUCACUUGUGAGGAAGAGAGUCCCCGUGCCUACCAUGGGGCAGCCUAUUUGAAAGGUUACGUUUAUAUCAUUGGGGGGUUUGACAGUGUAGACUAUUUCAAUAGCGUUAAGCGUUUUGACCCAGUCAAGAAAACGUGGCACCAGGUGGCCCCGAUGCACUCCCGUCGUUGUUACGUCAGUGUGACAGUCCUCAGCAAUUUUAUUUAUGCCAUGGGAGGAUUUGACGGCUACGUGCGUCUCAACACUGCUGAGCGCUAUGAACCAGAGACCAACCAGUGGACGCUCAUCGCCCCCAUGCACGAGCAGAGGAGUGACGCCAGUGCCACCACGCUCUAUGGGAAGGUCUACAUAUGUGGUGGUUUUAAUGGAAAUGAGUGCCUGUUCACAGCAGAAGUGUACAACACUGAGAGCAAUCAGUGGACAGUCAUAGCACCCAUGAGAAGCAGGAGGAGUGGAAUAGGCGUAAUUGCCUACGGAGAACACGUAUAUGCGGUAGGUGGCUUUGACGGAGCAAAUCGACUUAGGAGUGCGGAAGCCUACAGCCCAGUAGCUAACACUUGGCGCACGAUACCCACUAUGUUUAAUCCUCGUAGCAAUUUUGGCAUCGAGGUGGUAGACGACCUCUUGUUUGUGGUGGGCGGCUUUAACGGCUUUACCACCACCUUUAACGUGGAAUGCUAUGAUGAAAAGACAGACGAGUGGUAUGACGCCCAUGACAUGAGCAUCUACCGCAGUGCCCUGAGCUGCUGUGUGGUGCCGGGGCUGGCCAACGUUGGGGAAUAUGCGGCUAGACGGGACAACUUCACAGGAUUAGCACUGCGAGAUGAAGUAAAAUACUCCGCUUCGACAAGUACCCUACCUGUAUGAGCCUCUUCAUUUAGCUAAUAAAGAGUCUAAGCAAUAAGAA